AUGGCAAUUGACAAGAAAAAUGGUGGUGAACCUAGCUCUGGUGGUCGUUUCCUUAGGGAACCUAGGUCCUUUGAUGGCGUCAAUGAGGAACGGGCAGCCACUUGGAUGUCAAGAAUGAAUCGUUUGAAGAAAAGCGCAAGAAUAAAUGACGAAGAAAUGCUGCUCAUUGUCGAGGAAAACCUGGUUGACAAGGCUGAAUCAUGGUGGAACGUUGUUGGGUCCAAGGCCGACACUUGGGAAAAAUUCGAGAGUCUCUUCAAGGCUCAAUACCUAUCUGACUUGGAGGACAGAUGGUGGUCCGCAAUUUAUGGGCUCAAACAAGGGGAUGAAUACCGCUCCGUUGACGAAGUAGCCAUACGAAUGGAGGAGCUGUUCAAUUUGCUAGGCAACAAGGAUCAAGGCCUUCUGGUGCGCACCUUUUUGAAUGCCAUCAAUUCCAACAUUGCGUAUGAAGUCGAGAAGGAAAGUAAACCUGCCACUUUUGCGGUCGCCAAGGAAAGAGCUAGACAAGUGGAGAAAUCUCAGUUAAAAUAUGGUGUUGUGGCUAGCAACCGUCAAGGCGCUUUAGAAAUUGGUCCUCUGAGCAACAUGCAAGAACAAAUAGCGGAUAACCACGAAAUCACGGACAGCAAUUCCGAGAUUUCAGCCAUGUCAAGUGUGAUGUCCUUGGUAGACAAGUUGGAGAAAUUGUCAAUUAACUUGGUUGCCUUACAAGAAGCUACUGUGAACAACAACAAGAACAGUAAUGCAUAUGGUAGUGCCCCUCGUCGUUCUUACUCUGGUGGAAUUGUGUGCUUCUUAUGUGGAGAACCCGGGCAUAAGAAAUAUGAGUGCACCAAGGAAAUGGUCAAUGAUGCUAAGGCUCCGCCGGUUACUGGUGCUAAUAGCUUACCUUUGGGCACUAAUGGAAAGGAUUCGGGAAAAGCCAGCGAGUAUCAACAGUAG